AUGAAUAGAGGAGGACCACCACCACAACAACAACAAGCUAGAGGACCACAACCAGGAGCUAUGGGAAAGGUACCUGCACAACCAACACCAGCAGGUGCAAAGAAACCACCUCCACUCUUACUCUCACAGAUUCCAAAUAUAUCAGGUCAAGUGCUCAACCUGUCAUCAAUCAGAGAUCAGAGCAAGAGAGAGCUCGGAGAAGCACUCGAUAUUCUACCUGGGGGAAACAAGGCAUUGGUCAUGGACCCAAAGAUCAUUGGUCUACUAAACUUGGUGGUAGACCCUCAAUUCCUUCAAUCACACGGUGCAGAGAGAAACUAUGAACUAAAGAAUGGAAGAUUAGAUACCAAUUGUAAAAAUAUUAUAUACAUUAUUAGACCAAAGAUUAAAUAUAUGCAAAUGAUUAAAGAACAUAUUAUACAACAUGACAUUGAAAAACAAAGUAAGAGAUAUGCAAUCAUUUAUAUACCACGUCGAACGAUUCUUUGCGAUAGAGUGUUGGAAGAGGAAGGUGUGGCGGGUAACGAGUUUUUUAAUAUCAAAAACAACGCUGUCUAUCUCGACGAAGAUCUAGUCAAUCCACCUCAGGGAUCGGGUGCACCUGGCCAGCCUGCCGCACCUCCACCCGCUGCACCGGGAGCUGCCGGCGCCGGCGGCAAGAAACUGCCCUUCCCAUUGCACUCAAAUGACAAGGUGUUUGCCGAGAUUAGAGACACCAACUUUUCAGUGCUCGGUGGUAUCUUGCACAAAAAGGCCAAGGAUAUCGACGAGUACUACAAGCGGUUCCAGUCGUCACAGUCGCCCGCUGCGAUCCGUGACUUUGUCAAAAAGCUCGCACAGUACCAACAAGAGCACAACUCGCUGCGUAUCCACACCAACGUCACCGAGAAAAUCCUCGAUAUCACCAAGUCUCCCGGCUUUAUGCGUCGCAUUGAAUGCGAGCAAAACAUGCUGGCACAUAUCAACAACGAGGCCGUCGAGCGUUACCUCGAGGAAUGCAUCAACAAAAAAGACCCCAUGUACAAGAUACUCCGUCUGCUCGUCAUCUACUCACUCACCAACGGCGGCUUCAAACCCAAGCAACUCGAGUUUUACCGUCGCGAGAUUGUACAGUCGUACGGUGCCGAGGCCAUCAUGACACUCAACAACUUUGAAAAGCUCGGUCUCCUCUGCCGCGCCAAAGAGUCCAAACCCACCUACCCACUCAUCAAACAGGAUCUCAACCUCAUCAUUGAGGAUCUCGACGAGACCAACCAGACCGAUAUUGCCUAUGUCUACAGUGGCUACGCUCCUCUCUCGGUACGUCUUGUUCAGGCGGCCACCAAACCCGGAGGAUGGCGUUCCAUCGAGCAGGCACUCCGUCUCUUGCCCGGACCCACCUUUGAAGAGGUGCAACCCCUUCCCCAAGGCGCUCAAAGCAACGCCAAGAGCGAUCGCAAGCCCAUCACCCUCGUCUAUUUCAUCGGAGGUGUCACCUUUGCCGAAAUCUCAGCACUUCGUUUCCUCGGUCGUCAAGAACAGGCCAAUCGUGAUUUUGUCAUCAUCACCACUAAAUUAAUUAAUGGUGAUUCUUUUGUUGAUGGUAUUGUUGAAAAGUUUGGUGAAGAAUAA